AUGGAAGUUCUUUUUGUACGUUAUGGCUCACUUGGCGUGAGAAAUCUUUUACGUGCAAAUCUAAAGGCAUCUAUUACUCGCCUUUCCACUUCCACUUCAUUUGUUAAAUCUGAUCCGUCUCAAGUUUUAAAUCUCGGUGUUCCCAGAGAAAUUUUUCCAGAAGAGCAGAGGGUUGCUAUCACACCAAGUACCGUUAAAAUAUUAUGUGGAAAGGGAUUUAACAUCUAUGUGGAGGCGGGGGCAGGUUCACUUGCCCAAUACCCCGAUUCCGAAUACGUCAAAGCUGGCGCAAAAUUGGUUGAAUCUGGAGUAAAAGAUCUCUAUGCUCAAAGUGAUGUUAUUCUUAAAGUUCGUCCCCCUCAUCUUGACAAUGAAGUCGAUCUGCUCAAUCCAAACAGCACACUUAUCAGUUUGGUUUAUCCAGCUCGAAACAAGGAUCUAGUGAAUAAGCUGUCAAGUCGUAAAAUGACUGUUCUGGCUCUCGACUGUAUCCCUCGUAUUAGUCGAGCUCAAGCGUUCGAUGUACUUUCAAGCAUGGCCAAUAUUGCCGGUUACAAGGCGGUUGUUGAUGCUGCAUCGCAUUACAGCAAUUUCUUUGCCGGUCAAAUUACUGCAGCUGGUCGAAUUCCUCCCGCCAAAGUUUUGGUGAUUGGUGGCGGUGUGGCUGGGUUAUCUGCUAUUGCCACGGCUCGCGGUCUAGGUGCCACCGUUCGAGGUUUUGACACGCGAGAAGCUGUUCGAGAACAGGUUGAAUCUCUUGGAGCUGAGUUUUUGACAAUCGAUUUGAAGGAAUCUGGAGAAGGUGGCGGCGGAUAUGCGAAAGAAAUGUCCAAGGAAUUCCUCGACGCUGAAAUGGCACUUUUCGCUAAGCAGGCCAAAGAAGUGGACAUUAUUAUCACCAGUGCUCUCAUUCCCGGUAAACCGGCUCCCAAGCUUAUUACAAAGGCAAUGGUGGAUUCAAUGCGCCCAGGCGCGGUGAUUGUUGACUUAGCUGCCGAAGCUGGUGGAAAUGUGGAGACAACUCGUCCAGGUCAACUCUACAUUGGAGGCGCAAAUCGAGUUGUCCACAUUGGCUACACGGAUUUCCCCUCUCGUUUGCCUGGCCAAGCCUCAGCACUCUUUGCAAAUAACAUCACAAAUUUCCUCAUCUCCAUGAUGCCUAAAGACAAGGGUUCGUAG